AUGGAAAAACAUUUCAAGCAUUCAGAACGACAAGUAACACUACGCCGUCCUAAUGACUACCAAAGAAGUUUCAGUGAGAAAGAACUUUCCGAAAUGGCCACGUCAGGCUACUUCGGCGGUACCCCUCUCGAAAUAGUGACAGUUUUCCCCCACAGAGAUCUUUUUGUCUUGCAGCAUAAUGACUUGGACAAGAUCGACUGGGGUUGCCUUGGCUUCGAAGCCUCUCUGGCAUUGCCAAGAGAAGGGUUCUCUGGUGUGGAUCACGUCGGAAUAGAGUAUGACCGAGCGUGGGGGGAUGGAUAUUGUAUAGAUGAGGAUGUUAACUGCACGUUUUUAAAGGCUUGUGUCGAAGCAAACUAUACCAUCUGGUUUAUCGACCGCUACCUGAAAAGAAAGAGUCAAGGUCCAGCGUUUAAAGAAGAAUCAGACUGUUCCUGGAAGAUCAAUGCUUUUUAUGCCAGCGACAGGAAACUUUUAGAGAUCAAGGACUACGAUGACCUUUUCAAGGACUGGGAAUACAUCGGACCGGUGGAAACCGAGUGGUAUGAUCAUAUGCAUCAUUCGCUGAGCUUUGUUCGCCAGUUACGAGCUGAUCUCACCGAUCAGUACAUCACUAACGACUGUGAAGCUGAAAAACCCUGUGUCAUUGGGCUUCUUGGAUGGGCCCCCUUAUGA